AUGCUUAGAGAUUGGACAUUCACAUUCACAAAUAUACAACUAUCGGGGUUGUCAACAAUCUCAUAUGUAUUUGAUUUUUUAUUCUAUUCAACGGUUUUGAUUUUAUCUGCCACAUUGGGUCGUACACUUCCACCAAGAUACCAUGAAUUCCUGCUUUAUGAUAUUUCACUUCGAUUCACUUAUUUCCCAGAAAACGCAAUCACCAUUCCAAUCUGGCUAUUGGUACUUAUAUCCGCUGGUCUUCCACUUUUGCAAUUCUUAGCGUUUUCGCUUCUACUCCCCCUGCCCAUCAAGCGACGCAUGUGGGAUUUCUUUGCUGGCAGUUUGUGUUUGUUGGGGGCAAUGGCUACCCAGUUACUUGCUACUGUGCUAUUGAAAAACAUUACAGGAUUACCGCGACCAGACUUUAUUGAUAGGUGCGAGCCCAUGUACCAAAACAUCCCCAUUACUCGGUUAUCCCAUGUUGGUAUAUGUACUCAACCAGAUUGGGCACUAGUACAAGAAGGAUUCAGAACAUUUCCAAGUGGGCACCUGUCAACUGUAUUCACUGGCAUGACAAUAACUUCACUAAACGUAGCAGCAAGGUUGCAAACUUUUGACAGCAGAAACAACUCAUUCAAGGUGUUUCUUACACUUUUCCCAAUUUUUACAGCAGCAUUUGUGGCCAGUACUCGUGUGAGUGAUAAUCGACACUUCCUAAGGGACAUAAUUGCAGGCUCGAUCCUAGGAACUUUUGUGGGUGCAUCCUUUUAUUUCCAGUAUCACCCAAGUAUAUUCAAUCUAGCUAAUGCAGGACGUUCGUUCCCACCUCGUCGAUUUGGUAUCCAAACAUUCUUUCAAAACGUGGGUGGGUUUUGGGGACUAGAUGGAAAUACUGAUAGACUGUUGGAAGAUCAUGAACUUGAACAGCUUUCUAACGAACAACUAGGUGCACCAGUUCGUGUAAACAGUAUGGCUGACAAUAUUGAUGCAGUAAAUAGGCUAUUAUAA